AUGAACCCGCUGACGCCAAAUACCAUCUUCUUCGUCGACGGAUCAGGCCUAAAAAACUGUGCUCAUCAAGCGGUCACUGCUAUUUUGGAUGGUGAUCUGAAAGAAGCUAUUGAAAAGUUGCUGGCAUUCGACGCACCCUUGGCGUUGAUCAGCUACUCAUCUUCGCAACUGCUGAUUGCUCGAGAUGCCUAUGGGCGGGAGAGCCUUCUCCAUUCGAACAGACCUGAUGAAGAAAACGUACAAGAGUCGCUAGAAUGGCGAGAUGUGCCUCCCGGCUCUGUCUCGCCAGACAUCGGUUCACUGCAAGAAAUGGGCUCCAAAAUCACUGAAUUCCUGUUGCACGGAACAAACCAACUUCGCCAAUUGUUGGAAGCUGAGAUAAAGUGCCGGGAGACGAUAGCCAUUGCAUUUUCCGGCGGAGUGGACAGCCUUCUGAUGGGACAUCUCCUCGCCAUUAUUUUGGCAGAAGGGCAUGAAGUCGAUCUGAUCAAUGUGGCUUUUGGUGAGACGCCGAAGGAGUGUUCACAAGCCCCGGAUCGCCAGCGUGGAUUGGCGGGAAUCGUUCGACCCUGCGACACGGUGCUAGACGAGUCUUUGGGCUUCGUGAUGUGGUUUGCCCUACGUGGGAUUGGGCUCGUUGAUGAAGAGACCACCGUGAGCACAGCACGCAAAUUUGUUGUGGGAAGCGGCGCGGAUGAGUUGUGUGCGGGCUAUUCUCGACAUAAGCAUCGACUAGAAAAGGAGGGCGCCCCCGGUCUGCAAGACGAGUUAGAAAUGGAGCUGGUGCGCUAUGGAUGGAGGAAUGGCAGCAGGGAUGCCCGGGUUGCUCUCUACCACGGCCGACGUUUGGUG